UCAGCGGCCUCACGUUUGGCUGCCCCGUGUGACGGACAGCUGUGACCCGGGGGGGGCGCACGACCGGUUCCUCGUCGUCACUUCUCGUAUAAAAGCUCUUCCUAUUUUUUCUUUUCUUUUCUUCCUCCUCUGUGCGCGAUUCAACGUAUUGUGCCAAUGAGCGCAAGUCUCAGCGUGUGUGGAGCCCGUCAUCAUCAUCAUCAUCAUCAUCGUCGUCAACGUCAUCAUCAUCAUCAUCAUCAUCGGCGGCGGCAGCAGCUGAGGAGGAAGAGGAGGACCUUUUAAGGAACACGAGCGGAGGACAAAGUUGGACAAAGUUAUCGUUGCGCGCAGCCGGAGCGAGUGAUUUCCUCCUCCUCCUCCUCCUCCUCCUCUUCUUGCCCCUUGCUGCCUCUUGGGUCGUCUCGUUUCCCGGAGGUGCCGCAGUCAUGACCUCGGUGUGGAAGAGACUCCAGCGCGUUGGUAAAAAGGCUUCGAAGUUCCAGUUCGUCGCCUCUUACCAGGAACUCGUUCUGGAGUGCACCAAGAAAUGGCAACCAGACAAGCUGAGGGUGGUGUGGACCAGGAGGAACAGACGCAUGUGUUCCAAGCUCCACAGCUGGCAGCCUGGAAUCAAGAACCCGUACAGGGGCAUGGUGGUGUGGCCAGUCCCAGAGAACAUCGACAUCUCUGUUACUCUCUUCAAGGAGGCCAACGCUGAUGAGUUUGAGGACAAAGAGUGGACCUUUGUCAUUGAGGGUGAGAACAAGGGGCAUCGUAAGGUGUUGGCGUCAGCUGAUAUCAACCUGAAGCGGUUUGCCAGUCCCACGCCGACCCAGACGGACCUGACGCUGAAGCUGAAGCCGCUGUCCGUCAAAGUGGUGGAGGCCACGCUCAAGCUGUCGGUGUCCUGCGUCUUUGUCCGCGAGGGAAAAGCCACUGAUGAAGACAUGCAAAGUCUGGCGAGCCUGAUGAGCGUCAAACCCGCAGAUAUCGGCAACCUGGACGACUUCAACGAGAGCGACGAGGAGGAGGACAAGAAGUCUGUCACUGCUACAGUAAAUCCGCACACUCUUACUCGCCCAAAUCGCCCCGCUCCCCCUCCACCCGACAAGCGAAACUCCACCGGACCCCCUUUUCCAGCCUCAGCCUGUGGUCGUGACAGCGGUCCUCCCAGUCCUGCCAUCCACUCUCGCCCUCCCCUACCAAUCGCUCCCCGCCCCUCGCCCCGGCGCUCCCGACACCCCUUCUCCACCGCCCCUGUCCAAUCAGAGAUCCAGCCUUCCCCUGGCCCCUCCCCUCAGCCCUCACCCAGGUCCAAGCAUAAAAAAUCGACCAACCCUGUUCUUCCUGAACCUCCUGCUUUAUCUGAACCACGACCUCCAAGCCCUCAGGUCCCAGCAGCCACGCCCCCAAUCCAGAGUGCAUCCCCUGUCCUGCCUGUGUCUCCUCCAUCAACCGAAUCCGCCAUAAUUGCCCCCUCCUCUUCCCCCCAUCCUCCAUCUCCCAAAAGCUCAGAAUCUGUAUCCACUUCUGCCUCUGUGGACCCUCUUUCAAAUCCUUUCACAUCCAAUCACUGUAAAGGUCCUGCACAUUUAAUCACACCCUCUAACCUGUCCCUUAAUCCCCCCAGCAUACCUGCAACUGGUACUUCUUCUUUAACUCCCAAGCUUCCCCCCAAAGCACUGUCAUCAACCGAGACUAUUGUAACAUCAUCUCUCACAGCUCCUCACAAGUCUUCUCUUACCACUCUGACCCAUAAGCCCGUCACUGCUGCCUCUCAGCCUCGUCCUUUCCAAUCCUCCUCACCCCCAAAGUCCACCCUGACCUCUGAACCCACGUCCGCUCACCCUCCACUCACCCGGACCCUCUCUCAGCCCCCUUCUCUGCCCAGAAUCUUCCAGUCAGGCUCAGCAAAAGUUCCUGCGUCAUAUCAACGGCGCCCCCCAGAGGUUCAAACUGUAGAUGAUCCUUCUUCAGGCCCUGUUCGUUCCCACAUUUUCAAACCUCAGGUUGUCAAGUCAAUCGCCCGCCCUUCUUCUCCCUCACCUUUCUCUGCUGAUGCCCCUCCUCUGGCUUCAACUCCUCCUGUCCCCAAGUCUCACCCCUCUGGCUCAGAGCCAGGUGCUCGGGGGGCGUGGCAGAUGUCUGACUCGUCUCUGAUGGGAGGAGACAUCUCCACCGUCCCUCUGCUGAGUAGCCCUGAUCUUGAUGCCCUCUGCGACCCCGUGGCUCCAACUCUUCCUGCCUCCCUUCCACGCUCCUCAGCCCCUUGCUCCUCUUCUCUUCCCACCUCUGUUUUAUUCUCGUCUCCUCGCCCUCAGCUCGCUGUCUCUCCCUCUGCUCCUCCUGCUCAGAUCGGCUCCUGCCAGUCAGGCUUAACGUUCCCCCUCACUCAAGCAGACAAGGAAAAAACUCCGAGCCCACUAAGCCGAGGUGAAGACGUGGCCAACAUCAGAAUUUCCAACCAGCAAAUCCGACCAGCCCAGGACACGAAGGCGGCCGUCACAGGAAACAAAGCGGAGCCAGAAAGGAUCAGAAGCAGCGCUCCAUCCGAGAAGCCGCCCUCCACCCUUCAGUCAGUUUACAAACCGAGCUCCGUCACCAUAAACUCAGACAAAGACCGUCUGGGGCAACCCUCGCUCAUCAAGGAAGGUUCACUCGCAAACGUUGUUGUCCUAGAAAACAAAAUGUCUGCUGCAUGUACUCCAACUGCCGCCCAUUCUGGCCCCACUGCUCAGGAUGAGCCAGUCACAUCAGAGGUCUCGACCCUGGUGCCGCCUGCAGAGGGGCUGAGUGACGCAGAGAUUCCUCUGUGGAAAGUGCUAGAAAGUAGAAAUGGGAAAGAUUCACCUGAAAAAAUCUCUGCUACGGAGGGUGCAAAGCCUUUGUGCAGAGGCUCACACAGAGAAGAUGCAGCUGAGGUGGACGCCCCUGCCAGGCAGGAGCACCAGCCGAUCACAGCCGCAGACUCAGAAACACAUCCCAUUGGGCCACCUCCUGCUCGACCCGAUGCACCGUCAGUUAAAGAGAAGCCCAAAGAGCCAGAGGGACCCCGCACGGAACUGGCAGCAACCUCUCUCGAGGUUUCCCCCAAACCGGCCGGCGAGCACGCGGCCUUGGCGAUGGAGCCGCUGCUGCCCUCAAAACCAGAACCAGGACUGCGGCCGGAACCGGCUCUCCAGCCACCGGCAAAACCACAACAGGAGGCGGCGGAUGAGGGGACACCAGCAGACAGCUCGGCUGGUGGUGAGGUGGAGAGUUUAGUCGACAAUGAGGAGCCAGUAUUUGAGGCGGAGAAGCAGCUGUGGGCAGCUGUGGAGGAGACCACAGUGGAGGCAGGAGGGGAAACAGGGAUGGAAAGUAGUGAGAGCACUGAAGAGAAGGAUGAGCAGCAGCAGCAGCAGGAGGAGGAGGAGAAGGAGGAGGGUGUAAUAGGGGGUGCCGACAAAUGUGCACACGCAGAGGCAGAUGUGUGUGUUGCCGAGCAGCAGAAGGAGGCGUCUGCUGGCUUCAUGUCAGCUGUAGUUGGGGUGUUGUACAGAGGCCCAGGCCCCCCAUCCUCUGCUGUAAACCAGAAGCCCUCCUCGCUGGCCUUCAGUCAGGCUGACCCUCUUCUUCCGACCACGACUAAGGCCAAACUUGCUCCCCAACACAAGGAGCCAGAGAAACAGCCAAUAAAAGGACAGGGAGAUGAUGUGACAGAAACAGAUCACAGCCCGGUGGUAGCUGCCAAUGAGGCGGGAAAACUUGUUCAGUCGUCGUUGGUGCAUUGGCCAAUUCCUAGUGCAAACGCUACCAGCAUACACUCUGGAUUAGAACACAAGAUAGCCAUAGAUUCAUUCAAGAGUCUUGAAGUGAGGGUGGGUGAAGACACAAACCUCUCCAAGAGUUCCAGCUUGAAUCAGCACCUGCAGCCAACAGAGACUGACAGUGCACAAAUGGACAACCGACACUCACAGACUCCUGAUCACAACAAUCUCAUCAAAGAAAAACAGCUCCUGGAGGAGGAGGAGUUCUUGUUAGCUAAAAUUCACCUGUUGACUGGUGACGCAUCACCUGUCUCUGGCUCUCGCUGUAUGAAACGCCUCGUCCCUGCCCCCGGUGAUCUCGAUGGCGAUGAAGUUAUCGAUUGCAAUCAGAACUCAUUGAUCCCCCGCUGUGACGCCAUGCAGGAGAUAUCACUGACUGAGACAGAAGAAGAUGUGCUGCAACACAAGCCGGCCGACGUCCCAUCGCAGCUUGGAGACACGUCCAGCUCACACGUCGCUCCUCCCCAUCACUCUGAGAUGAAGACUCCUUGGCUUCCAACGCUACUAGAAGAAGAAACCACUGACGUGAAGACACCUCAUCCAGUUCCAACAGUCAGAUCGGAGGCCGAUGGGAAGGACGACUCGGCUGAGGACCUGGUGAACUCCAGCCAGUCGCUGCUGCAGUGGUGUCAGGACAUCACCAGCCGGUACCAGGGGGUGAAGGUCACAAACUUCAGCACGUCCUGGAGAAACGGCCUGGCCUUCUGUGCCAUCCUUCACCACUUCCACCCAGACAAAAUAGAUUUUGACCAGUUAGACCCUCAUGACAUCAAGCUCAACAACAAAAAGGCGUUUGGCGGUUUCGAGGCACUGGGCAUCUCUCGUCUGCUGGAGCCGUCCGACAUGGUCCUUCUGUCCGUCCCGGACAGGCUCAUAGUCAUGACCUACCUCAGCCAGAUCCGCUCCCACUUCACCAACCAGGAGCUGAGCGUGCUGCAGAUAGAGCACAACAGCAGCCAGUCCAGCUACGGCCUCGCCUUCUCCGGUCCCGCUCCCACCAACGUCGAUGCCGCCGCUUUCUGCAUGGCCAGACUGAACGAAGGAGUGACUCUCGAGGAAGGAGGAAGCAGCACGUUGGUCGUCCCGCCACCAAGGAUCAAACGUCUGGUUAGAGUGGACGAGUCAAUAACCCCAGUUCCGCCUCCAAGAUCGGUCACCAAGACGGUCAAAUCUGGAUUAAGUCAGGAUGAAGACACAGUGACAAAGUCAGAGUUGCAGACAACCACAGAGACACAUUCUCCCAAGCAAGACGUUGAAACAAUGUGUCUGCAGGACACCAGUCAGUAUGUGUUGAGUGAGCUGGCAGCAUUAGAGACGGAGCAGAAGCACAUCGACAGCAGAGCCGCUGUGGUGGAGCGGCGACUGCGAAGCCUCAUGGAAACAGGAAGUGACCGUGAUGAAGAGGAGAGACUGAUCCAGGAGUGGUUCACCCUUGUGAACAAGAAGAACGCGCUCAUACGCAGACAGGAUAACCUGGAACUACUGCAAGAGGAGCAGGAUCUGGAGCGGAGAUUUGAGCUUCUCACAAGAGAACUACGGGUCAUCAUGGCUAUAGAGGACUGGCAGAAGUCGUCCACUCAGCAGCAGAGGGAGCAGCUGCUCCUCCAGGAGCUCGUGUCGUUGGUCAACCAGCGGGACGAGAUCAUCAGAGACAUCGACGCCAAGGAGCGAGGGGCACUGGAGGAGGACGAGCGGUUGGAGCGUGGUCUGGAGAUGAGGAGGAGAAAAUACAGCAACAAAGACAAAUGUGUCCUACAGUGAGAGGAGAGACACAAUCUGCUUUUACUACUGAGUCCCUGAAGUUGAAAAGAAAAAUAGUGUGUCCAUAGUUUGUGUGAGCAUGAUAGAAAACAUAUUUUUAAGGACUUUUACAGUAGAGUGCCCUAUUUUCAUUUUUUAAAUUUCCUGAAGAGCUGCCAGGUUGGGGCUGAAAACUGUUUAUUCUUGUCAAAAGUUUAAUUAUUUUCAGCCCGUCGCAAUAGUAUUAUUUUGAUUAUAUUUUACCUGUUUUUAUUUAUUUAAAUGAGGUGUUGUGUUCCUUUGUUGUACAUCUGUUGCACAUAUGUUGUCUGUGUUUGUGUGUGUGUAUUGUGUGUUCAUUCAAGUAUUUGAACACUGGGUUUUUCUGUUUUGGAUUUGUGUUUCUUUGGGGUUUUUUUGAAGGGAUGGAGUUCCCCAUUUUCAUGACAACUAAUUUGUCAAAUUAAAGCAGAAAUGUUUGAUAUCCUUCCAACUUUUGUGGUGAACAUUUGACAGUUUUGUAAUGAUAUGCACACUUUUUUCCAGUGUUUGGUGAUAUUUGUCACAUAUUUGACACAUUUCUGUUCCAGACAUUUUCCACGCUGAAAAAUAUCUGGUAACGUUUCCAACUUGCGGUUCAGAUGUAAACAUUAACAAUGUGACAAAUAAUGAGCCGGACUCAAACCCACAGUGUCGUUUGUUCAGGGUAGCUGCACGUUGGCAAAUGCAGGAUGAUCGCAAUGUCACAUUUUGAUAAAGCCAGAAAGCAUUUCCUCAUAUUGUAAUAUUAUACUUUUUUUUUUGAGGUUAGGGGUUGAAAUGUGUUUGUUUUUUUUAUAUUAAGGAUUUAUCUAGAUUAGAGUAUUUAUUUUACUUUUCACUCUGAGUGCCUUUAAUCCAACCAUAAUGUGUAUAUGGUUGUGCCGAUUGUCACUGCUGUAUGCCUGUCACACCAUAUGCUGCUGUCUAUAUUUAUGUUGAUGAAUGAUGUUGAUAAUCAUGAUAAAGAAAAAUAAAUUUUGUUUGGUUGCUUA